AUGGAAUACGAGUUGGAUGCUAUUACAACUGAUGUUCUAAAUUCGAUAAAUUGCUCAGGUUUUCCCAACCAUCAGUUGAAACUCAAAAUUGGUGUACCUGUGAUACUUCUAAGGAAUAUAGACCAAAGCAAUGGACUUUGCAAUGGUACUCGAUUACAGGUUCGUAGACUUGGAAAUCAUGUAAUUGAAUGCAACAUCUUGACGGGAGACAAGUGUGGUGAAGUAGUUCUCAUUCCACGCAUGAAUAUGGCUCCGAAUAAUGAAACUCUACCUUUCAGGUUUCAACGUAGACAAUUUUCUUUGGUAGUCUCUUUUGCAAUGACCAUAAAUAAAUCUCAAGGUCAAACUUUGAGCAAAGUUGGUUUAUACUUACCUAGACCUGUUUUUACACACGGACAAUUAUAUGUUGCGUUGUCUAGGGUGAAGUCUAGAGAGGGUUUGAGAGUUUUGAUAAAGAAUAAUGGAUUACUAAGUGAUGAUUCUACCUUAAAUGUUGUGUAUAGGGAAGUUUUUCAGAAUCUCUAA